ACGCACAGGACAUCAAACUCCACAAAGAGAUCGAGAACCGAAUGGCAGUGAAGAGGUCAUUCUCCAGCGCCAUCGUGUACAGCCGAAGACUCUCCAAAGGCAAAGUGGACCUGAUGGUUCUUUUUAUGAUGGACAACCAUUGCGAUCUAUUCAAUGUUCCUGUUUCACUACACAAGAUGGUCAGCGACAGAUUGAAGAAUAUCGUUCGAGGGAAGGAUGCAGAUAUGAUAACAGGGUCGACGUAUUGCACAAGACAGAGCGCAAAGGCUUAUUCGGAAAACAGAGAAACGCACACUAAAGAGGAAUUGCGGUCGUUACUACGGACAAUCCACGAGAACCCCAACAUGCCCAACAAGGAAAAGAGACAUCUGCUGGCCCAGUUCUACAAAGGCCACCCGGACAUUUUUGUGCAAUAUUUUGGCAAUAAGUUAUCAAGCAUGAACAUGUUGCUACAGUAAAACUUUGUAUGUAAUUUAAUGCCACGGGGUGGUUGUAAAUGUGAACAUAUGUGGCCGUUGUGUAAAUAGUGACUGUGAAUGUGGAUUUGCAAGGAGUAAAGCUGUGAUUUAUAUGCACAUACCAUAAUUUCCGGACGAUUGAGUGAACCAAGGUUAUUAUAGUAAAAGAAACUGCAAGAACUAAAAGUAAAAUUGAAUAACAAUUUUCCGGAAUGAAAUAAAACAAAAAUGCU